AUGGAACCAUCACCAACACCACAAAUUAUUGAGACAAAUGAUGAACCGAUUAAAAUACAUAUUUAUGAUGAUAAUGGAUAUUUACCUAUUCAUCGAGCAGCUUUUAAUGGACAUGAAGUAACAAUUAAAAAUAUCUUAGAUGAAGCUCAAAGACGAAAUGAACUUACACAACAACUUGAAGCAAGAACACAUGAUAUUAAUGAAUUAACACCAUUACUUUUAGCUACUGCAACUGGACGAUUAGAUAUAAUUGCUUAUUUUUUAACAUAUCCGGUAGAUUUUAAUGCAGUUGAUGCUAAUGGACACGGUAAUUAUCAAAGAUUUUUAAAAAAAUAUGAAAAUUUAAUUUGUCUUCAUAAUUAA